AUGGCCUACCUCCUGCUCUUGCUUUGGGGGCUGACUCUUCCAUCCUCCAGCCCCACUGCUGGGGUCAACCUCCAGCUCUCCAGCUGUGGGCUGACCUCUGCCUUUGCUCUCCAGGAAGAGUCCCUCCUGCUGAGGAACCGGAGCUGCAGCUCCCGCCCACUCCCCAGGACCCGGGACCUGAGGCAGCUGCAGGUGUGGGAGCGCCCUGUGGCCUUGGAGGCUGAGCUGGCCCUGACACUGAAAGUCCUGGGGACCGUGGCUAACUCGACCCUGGGGGACAUCCUGGACCAGCCCCUUCGCACGCUGCGCCACAUCCACUCCAAGCUUCAGGCCUGUGUCCCAGCUCAGUCCACAGCAGGCCCCAGGCCCCGGGGCCGCCUCCGCCAAUGGCUGCACCGCCUCCAGGAGGCUGAGAAGAAGGAAUCCCGUGGCUGCCUUGAAGCCUCUGUCACACUCAACCUCUUCCGCCUCCUCGUCCGUGACCUGAGAUGUGUCGCUGAUGGAGACCUGUGUGUGUGACCCUCAGGCCCACCUGCCUCCUGUCCCAGCAUCUUGGGUUUUAUUUAUGCAUCCCCCACUUUUCUUAAUUUAUUGCCACCCAACCACUAUUUAUGUAUUUAUGUGUGUGAAUUGUCAAACUCA